AGUCACCCAUCCAUAGCCGAGGCACAUUGGCUGGGCAGGCCCGCAAAGGUUGCCUUGAAUGAAAACAGGCUGCCCACUGUUGCCCACGCCCUCCCUGCUUCGUUUUUCUGCCUCGUCCUUUUCACAAAACUUAGACAAGCCGCUCUUUACACACCAAGUUUGCUUUGCAAGGUUUUAUAUCCACACGCUCUCUACCCGGUCGAUUGGUACAAUGCAAAUCUUUACUAAACUUUCGGUCGUUCUUUCCGUCUUGUUUUCCAUCUGCUCCGUCACUCUUGGUCACGAACACCUUGGCAAAAGAUUUCACCCCAGGCAUCACCACGAUGACCUCGCUGUGCGCGCCCCGGGAGACAUGAAGGUCUGGAAACGCUUUGACAACGCACGAUUCACGUACUACGCUGUUGGUCUGGGCGCCUGUGGUCAGACUAAUGUACCCAGUGACUUCAUCGUGGCGCUUAAUUCACAACAAUACGGUGGGGGCCAGUACUGCUUCCAGAUGAUCACUAUUACCGUGAAUGGGAAGACGGCGCAGGCCCAGAUCAUGGAUGAGUGCCCCGGAUGUCCGGAUGAGGGUCUUGAUUUCUCGCAGGGUCUGUUCACCUUCUUCUCCGAUCUGUCGGCGGGAGUUUUGUAUGGCACGUGGAACUUUGGCUCAGGUUCUUCCCCUACCACUUCUACUCCUGCUCCUCAACCGACGACCACUUGGCAAGUUUCGAUACCUACCACGACGUUGCAGGUCCCCACGACAACGUGGCUGCCAACUACCACAUCUACGACACCGACAACCUCUAGCACCUCGACUACACCAACGACAACCAGUGCUGCUACGUCAACGGUGGCGACUACCACGACGUCGAACGCCCUCGUCGCCGAAACUCCGGCGCCAAGUGGCACAGAGGUUUCUGCCAGCUCGGUCCUUAAUGAUCUCAACUUGACUCUGUUGAGCUUGGGCGGGCUUUUGGUUGCAUGUGAGGACCAGUGAAUGGUCUCAGUCGUUCGAAAGUAUUGGUUCCCGUAGACGGCAGAAAAAAAGGACAAUGCUUAGAUUCCAAAUCAGAUUACUACGUAUACCCAUAUAUCUUGUUUAAACGUCCUUAUUCUUGCAAGGUGGAUGCGGUGCUAUACUAUCAUCUAUCACAUAGUCCUAGCUGGUUACCCUGGUUGGUCCCUAGUUUUAUUUCGCUAAUUGAUGCUUUUGAUGCCUGUGCU